AUGCCGGGUCGCACCACAAGGCGGCCCGUCGCCAAAUCCAGUCUCGCAACAAGGAGUCCGGAAGAGAAGCAGCGACUCGAGGAGCUGGCCGCGGCCCUUCCGACCCUUCAGGCGACACUGGCAGACUUGCGUGAAGCCAAGCUACCUCUCCAGAGGAAGGUGGCGGAGGUCAGGCAAGCCGGCACGCGCUACGACCGAGCUGCCGCCCUGGAGACACGGCUGGCUCUUCUGGAAAACGUGCAGGUGAGGGAGGUGGAGUGGACCAUCUCCGACUAUUCGGCACUGUUGGAGAGCUGCCCCAAGGGUCAGUGCGUGACGUCGCCGACCUUCGCAGCAGGAGGCGUUCCGAACAUGCAGCCAGCAGCCAAGGAACUGAAGAACAAGCAUCGUGUCCUCCCCUGCCAGUUGCCGUCCCUGCCAGCCUUGCCUUUGGAAGAGGCGAGCGAAACUCUGGAGGCGGCAGGUGCAGAUGCCCUGGCAUCGACCGCUGGGCUCGAGGAGGCACAACUCCAAGAAGUUCGCACGCUGCUCGCGGACCUGCAAAAGGCUGCUGUGAUAGAGAGGCAACACUUCCGCCAGCGCCCUCCGGAGCUCGGCUUGGGCGAGGACGAGCUUCUGCUUUUCCUGGGCCGUGAGCGGACCAAGGAGGCCAGGCGUCCGAGUGAUGGCUGGCACGGGGACUCCGCGGCGGCAAGUGCACAGCGCACCGAGGCCACGGCGACUGCCCUGCUCGCCGUGCGGCAUGCGGCAGUUCAGCGGCGUUUGGCGCUCGAGCAGCUGAGGAGCGAGCAGCUGCACUCGGCAGAAGAAUUCGGCCUGCUGAGGGAACACCUUGAAGCCUUGAAAAAUGAUCCGGCUAGAGCCGCCCAGCUCGCUCCGCACACGGCGACGGAUCUGGCGUUGUCGUUCGCGGCCGCCCUGGUCCGCCGCAAGGAGCUCCUGAAGAACCUCGGGGAGGCCACGCGGGCUCGUCGGGAGCUUCUGCGCGCGGCUCAACGCCGUGAGCAGUUCCUGAGCUGCGCUCGAGCGGAGCCACUGAGACCGGAGCUGACCGAGUCGGGCACUCCCGCCACCGCCGCUCCAGCAGCAGUCUUGGCCAUUGCGGAGAGCUUGGAUGCGUUUGGCUAUUCCUCUAGCCAAUCCUUGGCUGGCCGUGUACGGAGUUUGGCGGAGAGGAAUGUGAAGCUUUGGAAGGAGCUCUCAGCGGCCUGGUCGGGAAAAGCGGGCGAGGCCGAGGCCGAGGCUCCACCGCUUGUCGGGCCGAAAGAGCCCGAAGUGGAGCCGAAGCCCGUCGCCGGACAGCUCUGCUUCCGGAAGACGCCUUCGAUUCCCGCCCCUGCACCUCCGCCGAUUGUGCCCUCCAGGCAACGUGAUGGGCUGAUAUUGCCGAGCUCUCUGAAAGGGCAAGCACUCCCCGGUGCUGCCGAUGCUGCUUCAAAGAUGGAGGAGACCGACAUUGAGCCUGGCCAGGGCUACGGCCUCUUCGACCUGGACCUCGAAGGGCCCUUCCAGGGCUGGCGGAAGGCUGCACGACAGUCGAGGCUUUGGAAGCGGCGCAAGCGCGAGGAGAACGCCAGGCGCUACCUCGGAAAGUGGGGCCGAGCACAAGCCGUUUGGGCAUUACUUGGAGCCCUUCAUGGGUUGGUCUCGGCAUACAGACCUGUAGCAGAUGCCAGCAGCCUUUCGCGUGGACAGCGCGUCCGUGCCCACGGGCAAAGCGGGGCUUUCCUCUCCUGCACAGACAAAGGAGUUUGCAAGGUUCUCUUUGACGGGACGUCCGACGCGCAGAUCGUCCCGACACAGGAUCUCGACAAGAUCGAGCCAGGGCAUCAUCCCUUCAUGGUCGCGAUUGUGUUCACUGCGUGGUCGGUGUUGUCGGCUUCCAGCCUGCAGCUCGCCACCUCCCGGCUCCGCUCGGACCUGGCGUUUCACCGAGCCUUCGGCAAGCUGGGCCGCUGCCUCCUGUCAAUGGCCAUGCUGACCGACCCCAGGAUCGCGAUGAAGUUUGUGGUCUCCGGCUGGCACGCCUUGGUUGCUGGCAAGGAAGCGGAGAAGACGCGCCUGCGGCGGCUAAGGGAGGUUUUCAAGGCUUGGCUCGAGGUGCUGGUCAUGGUCAAGCACAACAAUGUCUUGGACCGGCUCGACGAGACCAAGCUAGAGCUGGAGCAAGCAAGGGCAAAGCAUCUCAAGGCUGGCCAACGCUGCGAGUGGCUGAAGGCGCUGGGGCUGGGGGCUUCACUCGGGUGGGGAAAUGUGGGGAAGAGAGACUCUGACCCUUUUCCCGUAGUGUCCGGGAAGUCUGCAGCCCUGGCUUUCUCAGUCACAAUGAGUGUGCCGACGGUGCCGAGCUGGGGUCCCAAAGCACGCGGUGAACCCCACGGCCAGGCGCAGCUCGACCGCGCCUGUGCCAUGGAGCUGGACUUUUGGUGCUGCUGGGUCGCUUGCACCAUCUGUUGA